UACCCGUCAGUGUCACUCUGACCGGCGACGAGAGCGGACGCCGUGACCUCGCGCAUUUAAAACGCACGUGUUUUUUGUGAGUAAAUAAGCGUGGACAAUUUAUGUCAAUUGAACCGGACAACGUUGUGUGUGCUAGUUUGUGUCUGACACAUUGGAUUGCUCGGGCCUACAGCUCGAUUCGCUUCACAGUAAAUUUGGCACGCUAUGCUAUUGUUUAUUUUGACGACGUAAACCAUACGAGCCUAGAUUAGACAGUAUUAAAGUAAUUUAUUGAAGGAAUCAGUGAUUUCAAAGUGAGAGUGUACAUAUCAGUAUUAAUGAACUCAAGUGAUAUUUUAAGUUAAAAACUAGAAUAGAAUACAGGAUGUGUUUCCGAACAAGAGGAUUCUAUUUGUGAAGAUGUCAGUGAGGUGACGUUGGACCGAGGCCGUUGGGCUGUUGUGAUAGUUAGAAAGAAACAUUCCCCUGUUAAAAAUUCUGUCCCAGGGCCCGGCGGAGAAUUGCAAGGAUAUUUGCAAAAUGACCAAGGGCCCUCGGAAAGUGAAGCUAGUCAUUGUAGUCAACAAUAAGAAAGAUCCGCCCACAUUCAAGACCCUGACACCGACGUCGCGUACGCAGCUCAAGCAACAGUUGAUGCGAGAACAUGCGCAGGAGCAAUUACGCAGAGAAUCAUUACAAGCACAGCAAGCAGGUCAGUCCAAAGACAAUGAAGAUAAAAAGAGGUCAAGUCCGACGGACGUCCCGCGGAUCACGCCACACGUGGAGUUACCGCCACAAGUGCUGCAGGUGCGAACAGUUCUGGAGAAUCCCACCAGGUAUCACGUGAUCCAGAAACAGAAGAGCCAGGUGCGUCAGUACCUCAGCGAGUCGUUCACACCACAGCCGCAGGUGGCAGGCGCAGUCCGAGGCGCACCUGUGCAAAGCGCGCCAGAACUUGGCACGCGAGCACCUUCCCCUGACAGAGCCUCCUCAUCCAGUCUCUUGAGUCCUGGAAUUUGUUCUGCGGGUGCUAAUUCAGAAGCAGACGAGUUCCUAGAAGACAUCUUAUCCCUGGACAGUGGAGCUGGACCUCUAUCCUCGUCAGAGCCAGCGUCUACAGCCAGCUCCGUGGCGGGAGACUGCGCACUCCUAUCCGAUGCGGACAUGCACGCAUUAGCGAAGGACAGACAAAAAAAAGACAAUCAUAAUAUGAUCGAACGCCGUAGACGUUUUAACAUAAACGACAGAAUAAAAGAACUCGGUACCCUGUUGCCGAAAACCAACGACCCCUUCUACGAAGUCAUAAGAGACGUCAGACCCAACAAGGGGACGAUCCUCAAGAGCAGCGUGGACUACAUCAAGUGUUUGAGAGACGAAGUGAACCGGCUCAAGCAAAGCGAACAGAGGCGGAAGCAAAUCGAACUGCACAACAGGAAACUAAUGUUAAGGAUACAGGAGCUGGAGCGGCUGGCGCGCCUGCACGGGCUGCCGCUGAGCGAGGGCUGGUCGCCGCAGCACGACGACGACGCGCCCGCGCCCGCCGCGCCGCCCGCGCCCCCCGCGCCCCCCGAGGUGGUCCUCCCUAAAACUGAGCCGUCGCCGAUGAUGGAGCUCAGCGAACCUCCCCCCGAUCUCCUGCGGGAUACGCCCUCCGGGGAGGCGCUCUCCGCCUUAGACGCACUGGAUGGUCUCAAACUCGGAUCCUGUUCGCCCCUCAGUCGUGAAGAAGGCCUCUCACUUAGUUGUCUUGAACCGGACCUGUGCCUCGAGCCGGUUACCGAUCAUCUGUUUAACCACAAGGACGUUAAGAUGCGAUUGUCUCCGACGCCUGGGCUGCUGGGCGGUGACGAGAACGACGCAGUCCUCAACCUGGCGCAGAUAGAGGACCUCAUGGACGACGACUCGCACAACCCCGUCACACAAGGCGACCCCAUGCUGUGCUCGUCCCCCACGGCGCUGGGGCUGGGCGCCGCGCUGCUGCACGUCGACCUCUCGCACGGCUCGUCACUCCUAUCCGAGAACGGGAUGUCCCUGGGCCUGGGCGGCCUGGGCCUGGGUCUGGGGGAGAGCCUCCCGCUGCUGCUGGGGGCCACGCACGCGCCGCACUCCCCCCACGCGCACCCGCGGCCCUGCUUCGACAUGGACCUGGGGGCCUAGCGCGCUACCUACAUAGACAUAGACAUUACGAGCUCAGACGGUCAUGUGAUAUUAAUGCGUAUUGUGAUCGAUUUUACUGGAUUUUUUAUUUCCAUCGAAUGUUGAAUACAAUCAUUGUUAUAUUCUGAACUAAAUAGUGCAGUUUUUGUAGUAUAUAUUAUAUUGUAUGAUAUAUUAUACAUUUAUCAAAGGGGUUUUAGGGCCUUAGGGAAUUCGAAAGUUUA